UGACACACGCCGACACAGGCUGGCAUACCGAGAGCGACGGGACACACGCACACACACACACACACACGCACACACGCACACACACACGCCACCCCCCACCCCAUCCAGGCACGACUUCGCCUUCCCUCUCAUCUUCCCUUCGCCUCCCCUCCUCGAGCGCCUGAAAAAGCAGCCGCACUUAGUCAACAAAUGGCACGUGGGAGAAGUUGGAGUGUUUGGUGAGAACUCUUCAGAGCUUUUCACAAGAAUCCUCUGUACACAAAGGAUCUGAGAAUUGCUCUCACACACCAAACCAGCAGCAUCCGUGGAGAAAACUCUCACGAACAACUCCUUUCAAAUACCGUCAUUGCACAUCGUGGUGGUCUUUAAGCAACAACAGGAAAAAAAAAUAACCCCAAACGACAAAACCAAAAAAAAAAAAAAAAUACCCAACCAAACAAAACUCUUGACGGGAGCUUUGACGAGGAGACAGAGAGAGAAAGAGAGAGAGCGCGAGCGAGCGAGCGAGCGAGAGAGAGAGGAUGCCUCAUAAAGGGGGAAGACUUUAACUAGGGGCGCGCAGAUGUGUGAGACCUUUUGUUAUAAGAGUGGACAGACAUCCCAGAUUUCAGAACCCCUUAUUCGAGCCCCUUGGGAUCCGGAGGCCCUCAGCCAGCGCCAGAUCAGCCAGCAUGCAGAACAGUCACAGCGGCGUGAAUCAGCUUGGUGGUGUCUUUGUCAACGGGCGGCCACUGCCGGACUCAACCCGGCAGAAGAUCGUAGAGCUAGCUCACAGCGGGGCCCGGCCGUGCGACAUUUCCCGAAUUCUGCAGACCCAUGCAGAUGCAAAAGUCCAAGUGCUGGACAAUCAAAACGUGUCCAAUGGAUGUGUGAGUAAAAUUCUGGGCAGGUAUUACGAGACUGGCUCCAUCAGACCCAGGGCAAUCGGUGGUAGUAAACCGAGAGUAGCAACUCCAGAAGUUGUAAGCAAAAUAGCCCAGUAUAAGCGGGAGUGCCCGUCCAUCUUUGCUUGGGAAAUCCGAGACAGAUUAUUGUCCGAGGGGGUCUGUACCAACGAUAACAUACCAAGUGUGUCAUCAAUAAACAGAGUUCUUCGCAACCUGGCUAGCGAAAAGCAACAGAUGGGCGCAGACGGCAUGUAUGAUAAACUAAGGAUGUUGAACGGGCAGACCGGAAGCUGGGGCACCCGCCCUGGUUGGUAUCCAGGGACUUCAGUGCCAGGGCAACCUACACAAGAUGGCUGCCAGCAACAGGAAGGAGGGGGAGAGAACACCAACUCCAUCAGUUCCAAUGGAGAAGACUCAGAUGAGGCUCAAAUGCGACUUCAGCUGAAGCGGAAGCUGCAAAGAAAUAGAACAUCCUUUACCCAGGAGCAGAUUGAGGCCCUGGAGAAAGAGUUCGAGAGAACCCAUUAUCCGGAUGUGUUUGCCCGGGAGAGACUAGCAGCAAAAAUAGAUCUACCUGAAGCAAGAAUACAGGUAUGGUUUUCGAAUCGAAGGGCCAAGUGGAGAAGAGAAGAAAAGCUGAGGAACCAGAGAAGACAGGCCAGCAACACUCCAAGUCACAUUCCCAUCAGUAGUAGCUUCAGCACCAGUGUCUACCAACCGAUCCCACAGCCCACCACGCCUGUUUCCUCCUUCACAUCAGGCUCCAUGUUGGGCCGAACAGACACUGCCCUCACCAACACAUACAGCGCUCUGCCACCCAUGCCCAGUUUCACCAUGGCAAAUAACCUGCCUAUGCAACCCCCUGUCCCCAGCCAGACCUCCUCAUACUCCUGCAUGUUGCCCACCAGCCCUUCGGUUAAUGGACGGAGUUAUGAUACCUACACCCCACCACACAUGCAGACACACAUGAACAGUCAGCCCAUGGGCACCUCGGGCACCACUUCAACAGGACUAAUUUCCCCUGGAGUGUCAGUUCCAGUUCAAGUUCCCGGAAGUGAACCUGAUAUGUCUCAAUACUGGCCCAGAUUACAGUAAAAGACAGAGAGAGAGAGAGAGAGAGAGAGAGAGAGAGAGUGGGAGAGAGGAAAUUAUGUUAAUUCAGUCAGUGACUGUGUGGACACUGGAUGUUCAGGAAAGAGAAAUGGCUGUUAGAAGCACUUCAUUCCACAACUGGGUCCUGUACUGGACCCAUGGAAUGACUCAAAACAAGGACCUUUACAUACAGAAGGCACGGUAUCAGUUGGAACAAAUCUUCAUUUUGGUAUCCAAACUUUUAUUCAUUUUGGUGUAUUAUUUGUAAAUGGGCAUUUGUAUGUUAUAAUGAAAAACAACGUAGA